GUCCACAAGAAAGGCAAGCAUUUAUCAGAUUGCAUUCCAAAAAGGAAACUAAACUGUGAUGGCACAACUAAAAUCCUCUAUAUAUAGGAUUAGUAGAAUUCAUUUAACCCACACACAAUAAUCUUGAAUUACAAAACUAGAAAAGCAAGAAGAAGAAAAUUUCUUUUAGAGAAGAUGAUUCAUGCUAACGAAACAGAAGCAAUACCGUGCGUUGGAGGCUGUGGACUCUUUGGAACCCGAAGGAACAAUAAUCUCUGCUCCCUCUGCUACAAAAAGAGUGUUCUUGAGGCCACUCUCAAAUUUGAACCCGAAGCAGAGCCAUCAACGAUUUGCCCUCCUCCUUGCCCUCCUCCUAAGAGUAGUGACGUUGCUGUACAAGAACCAGUCAAGAAACAGAGAUGCAACAUGUGUCAGAGGAAAGUAGGGGUGACAGGAUUCACCUGCAGAUGCGGACACAUGUUUUGUGGGUCACAUCGGUAUCCCGAGGAGCAUUUGUGUCCUUUUGAUUACAAACAAUCUGGACGAGACGCAUUGGCCAAGCAGUUGCCUUUGAUCAGAGCAGAUAAGAUUAAUAGGUUUUAGUCUUAGAUCUUGAAUACAAUUUUGAUGUCUUUUAAAAUCUUUAUAUGAUUAAUAAACACUUCUUUUUUCACUUAUCAUAAUGAUCCA